UAAAUAUUAUUCGCUGUCAUUACUUACUUAAGGUCAUUACUUAAGUAUGAUGUACUUUUAUGAAACAUAACUUUUACAAAUUGUUGUAGUAUUUAUUAGUAUUAGUUUAUCAAGUACAUAUUGGAUUUAAAUACAAUUUAUGUACAUUAACGGAAUUAUCGAAAUUAUAUAUAUUUAUUAGAUAUAAUGCCACGCAGAAACCGCAGUAAGAAAGCCCCUCUUAUUGGGGAGGAUACUAGAAUUGCAGUAAAUUUAACGCUUAAAAAAUUAUUGGAAACUCAUGAUCAAAAAGAAUUAGAAUUUCCAUCUUCGUAUACUGCGGAAGAAAGAGCCUAUAUUCAUAAAUUAGCACAUGAACUUGGAUUAAAAUCUAAAAGUAGAGGUAAAGGUACAAAUCGCUUUUUAACUGUGUACAAAAGAGAAGGAUCAACAAUAGUUCAAGCUGAUGCUGUAAUAAAAUUACAAAAAGCAUCAAGACAAAGUAUAUAUAAUUUAUUACAGGCUUUUCCACUAAACCAUAAAGAAUGUCAGGAUUUGUUACCACCGAUUGAACGAGAACGGCCUCCUAAUACAGAUGUUUCAGUAAAUACAAAUACAAAAGCAAUGGGUCGAUUAAAUAACAGUGUGCCUCAAAUACCACAAUUGAAAACUAAUUUUGAUGUAUUAAAUUAUCGUAAAGCACUCCCAAUAUUUAGCUUUCGGGAAGAUAUCCUUGAUGCAUUAAAUACAAAUCAGGUAGUCAUAAUAGGAGGGGAAACAGGUAGUGGUAAAACUACCCAAGUUCCUCAAUUUAUUCUAGAACAUUGCCAACAAAGGCAACAACCUUGUAGAAUUAUUUGCACUCAACCAAGGAGAUUGUCAGCUGUUUCAGUGGCUGAAAGAGUAGCAUUUGAAAGAGAUGAAAAAAUUGGUCAAACGUUCGGUUAUCAAAUAAGGCUUGAAAGUAGAGUUGCCCCAAAAACUCUUUUAACAUACUGUACAAAUGGUGUUCUCCUUAGAACUCUUAUGGCAGGAGAUUCUGCUUUAAGUACUGUCACACAUGUUAUCAUGGAUGAAGUUCACGAACGCGAUAGGUUUUGCGAUUUUCUUUUAAUAGCAUUAAAAGAUGCAAUACAAAAGCAUAAAUCUCUUAAACUUGUGCUUAUGAGCGCCACAUUGGAUGUUAACAUUUUUGUUAAAUAUUUUAACAAAUGUGCAGUUGUAAAUGUCUUGGGAAGAUCAUAUGAUGUUGAUACGUAUUUUCUAGAAGAUGUUCUAAAAAUGACGGGUUAUAUGACGAAAGAAAUGCUUUCAGAGAGAAAAGAGUUUAUGAAUAAAAAAGAUCAACAUAAAAUGUUAGAAACUUGGACUCAAUAUAAACCUCAACAAUCAGGAUCAAAUACUAUGAAUGAAAGAUGUAUAUUGCCUGCUCCAAUUUUAGCACAACAGAAUGAGCCAGUUCCUGAAAAAAUAAAAUUAGAACCGUGGCUAGCCGAAGAAAUGGAUAAAAGUAUUUCUGAAGCAUGGUUAUGCGGAGGCGAAGAUAAAUUUGCACAACUUUUAUAUUUCAUACUUUCCGAAAAUGUUUCGGUAGAUUAUCAACAUUCCGCGACAUUCGUAACUCCGCUUAUGAUUGCCGCAGGAAAAGGAUGUAUAAAUACCACAGAACAGCUUUUAAAUUUAGGUGCAAAUUUAAACCUACGAGCAGCCAAUGAAUGGACUGCAUUAGAUUGGGCAAAGAAUAUGAAUCAAGCUGAAUGUGCCGAGUUAAUAGAAGCAUAUAUGAAAACUUAUGAUUGUACACUACAGGAUGAAACAAAAGUACAUGUUAAAGAUGUUUCACUUUCGGAAGAAGAUAAAUUUUUAUUAGAUGUAUAUCAACAUACAUUUAAUGAUGAUAAAAUCAAUUAUGAUCUCCUCUUACAAUUAAUUUUGCACAUCCACUUAAAGAUGCCUCCUGGUUCUCUUUUAAUAUUUUUACCAGGAUAUGAUGAUAUCGUAACUAUGAGAGAAAAGAUAAAUAAUGAAGAAAAGGAAAUGAAUAAGGGUUUACGCUAUAAUUUGUAUGUACUUCAUUCAAAUAUGCAAACAUGUGAUCAAAAAAAAGUAUUUAAGCCAAGUCCCGCGGGAUCUCGGAAAAUUAUUCUUUCAACAAAUAUCGCUGAAACAAGUAUCACAAUUGAUGAUGUCGUAUAUGUUAUUGAUUCAGGAAAAGUUAAAGAAAAAUCGUUCGAUGCAUUAUCGGGAGUGUGUACACUUAAAUCCAAUUGGAUUUCCCAAGCUUGUGCAAAACAACGUAAAGGUAGAGCAGGGAGAUGUAGAAAAGGGAUUUGUUAUAGGCUAUUUUCUUCGGUUCGAUAUAGUAACAUGGAGCCUUAUCAAACUCCAGAAAUCUUAAGAUCACCACUACAAGAACUGUGUUUGUACACAAAACAUUUAGCUCCAGGAAAUACACCUAUCGCAGAAUUUUUAGAUCGAGCAUUGGAACCACCCUCUAAUGUAAUAACAAGAAAUGCAGUUCAAUUAUUGAAGACUAUCGACGCAUUAGAUCCGUGGGAAGAUCUCACUGAAUUAGGAAGUCAUUUGCUUGAUUUACCAGUUGAACCAAGACUUGGAAAAAUGUUAUUGUAUGCUGUGGUUUUAAAAUGCUUAGAUCCUGUCUUGACUAUUGUAUGUAGUUUAGCAUAUAAAGAUCCCUUCGUAUUACCCCUGCAACCAUCACAAAAGAGAGCUGCAACUGCGGCUCGUAAGAGAUUUGCGACUAAUACAUAUUCCGAUCAUAUGGCAGUUUUACGUGCUUUCCAAGGGUGGCAGAAUGCACGUGCAAGUGGCAAAGAACGCACAUUUUGCGAACAAAAUUUUAUUUCGGCUGCUGUAAUGGAGAUGAUAGUUGGAAUGCGUACACAACUGCUUGGUCAGCUUCGUGCAUCUGGAUUUGUUAGAGCAAGAGGGCCAGGAGACAUUAGAGACUUGAAUUCUAAUUCUGAAAAUUGGGCCGUAGUGAAAGCAGCUCUGACUGCUGGUUUAUAUCCGAACCUAAUAAGGCUAGACAGAGAGCAUUUGCAACUAAGAACACAGAAAGAAGUGAAAGUAUUUUUUCAUCCAUCAUCAACUUUAAGAGAUUGUCCAAAAUCACCAAGGAUGACAUCCACUCAAACAUAUGCAGCUAAUGUAGAAGCUUUGCCCUGUGAUUGGUUACUUUAUGAAGAAAUGAGUCGUACAGGACGAUUUUGUCAUGUUAAAAUGGUUACUUUGAUCAAUCCAUUGACAGUAGCUUUGUUCUGUGGACCAUCAAGAUUGUCCGUAGACGUAAUUUAUGAAGCUGAGUCUGUACCAGAGAGUGAAUCAGAUUCUGAAGUUGAUGAAAGUAAUGAAGGAACGAUUUUUAAACUCGACGAUUGGGUAGUAUUUAAACUCGAUCCAGAAACUGCUAGAUUCUUUUUACAUUUAAGACAAAAAUGGAAUGCGUUGUUCUUGAGACGUAUGAAAACGCCGAAUAAAGCAAUGUCGCAACUUGACGAAAAGGUAGUGAGCACUUUAGUAAGUGUAAUUACAAAUGAAGAACAGACAUGUGGAUUACAACAACCAUCUGGUAUUGGUCAAAGACCACGCCCUUUAAUUGUUGAUUAUUAUCCUGCCAAUGUUAGGAGAACAGAUGACUUUGUAGAGAGGAAUUUUUAAAAUUGGGCAGAAGAAAAAUAUUUUAUUAAGUGUAAUGUAUAAGAGAUAUUUUAUUCUCUUGAUUCCUAUGUGUAACUUAAUAUGCAAUGACAUAAUGGCAUUCCUAAUUUGCAUAUUUUAAUGAGAAUUGAAUAGGUUGCUUCUGAAAUAGAAUAGGAUAAAAAAAAACGAAUUGUGGGUGAUUACCUAUAAGGAUAAUCAUAGUUUCAUUAAAAUGUUUAGUUAAUAAUGACAAAGUUGACAAAUUUUGUUUUUUGUUCGAAAGUCUAAAAAUAAUAAAUAUAUUUUAUUUAAUCAUA